AUGUUUGAUCUUCUUCAACCUAGUCAGAUUGUCUGGGAGCCAUACAAAACUGUCAUAGAUAGUUUGCCACAUUUUUGUACAAACGGUCACAACAUAUGGCGGACGAUUAGUCCUCUCAUAUGUUUCUACAUUGGUGAGUGGCAUCAUCCUGAUAGAGUACUUAGACAGUUCGGUAUUCAACAAGCUGUUCCACGUGACUGUAAUACUGAACCACUGUUGCACAACAUUGACCUGAGGACUGCUGAUUGGUCAGAUAGAGUUGCUCAUUUAGUGAUGCGAUGGCAUAAUCGCAGAAGGUUUACUGCUACGGGACCUCCAAUUGAGCAGUUUGAUAUGGAUGUAACUCAAGAAUACAUCAAUUGGUACAAAAACAGUAGCAAGCUCUAUAUCACCCAACCGGGAGCUGCUAUGAGUCAUCUGAGAUCAAACAAUAUUAGACUUCGGAAUGUUGCAGAUGAUCCACAACAGGUUCUAAAUAUAUGCAACGAUAACGAGCAGUAUAUGGAGAACAUCCACUAUAUGUACGAUGUCCCUAUUGUACCUGCUCCUGUUCAGAGGAGACGUCCUCUAGUGCAAGAGCCCGAUCAAUUGGAAGAAGUUGACCAACACGGGGAAGAAGUGCCUCCAAUGACACAAACACAAAGCGAGCAUAAUUACGUUAGUCCAGUAAUGAUGAUGCCAACAUUUGGAACGACAUAUUAUGAUUCAGAAGUCGGUCAAUCGUCAGACUUUGGAAGAGGAUAUUACAAUUCAGAGGCAGGUCAAUCAUCAACGGACUUUGGGCAACAAUACUAUGAUUUAGGGAGCGAUCCAUCGUCUUCAUACAUGCAUGGUCACGGGCGUGGUCGUGGAGAACAUAAUGAAUAUUUGUACUACGAAGUGCCUGCAGCGGUACCCGAGCAAUCAAAUGAGCUACAGCAACAAGAGAAUGCAGCAGUACCCGGACAAUCAGAUGAGCAACAACAACAAGAGAAUCAGGAGGAAAUACAACAACAGAGAGUUCAAAGUCGACGACGACAACCGGCUAGAAAUCGUCGACGUCCAGGUUGUGGAACACAUUGAUUUUUUUUCCUUUGAAUGAAAAUUGUUAAAUUAUUGUAUUAAACAUUUUGAUUCAUAUUUAAUUAUUUUACAAUCAAAAGUACUUACUACAAA